AGAGACGGAGGGGCAAAUACGGAAAAGACAGGUACAACCCGUGUUUACCCUAGUUCGACACGCUCCAGGGGCUACAUCGUCGUCUCCCCGCCUCACCACAUCUCACCUCGUCUCCUCCUCCGGUCCUUCCCCCAUCUCUUCGCCGGCUUCCAUUUCUUGCCUGCCAGUCACUCUCGUCCGCCGCAGAUCGAGAAGCCGCCACCAAACCCCCCCUCCACCACCGUAUGACCAUGACAGCCCAGCAGCACCGGCACCCCAAGCGCCGCUGCGUCGCCCUCUCCCUUUCUCCGUCCCUCGCGCGCAUCCCCGGCGCCCCCACGCCGCCGCUCGACUCGCUGGCCGACGAGCUUCUCUUCCUUGUCCUGGACCGCGUGGCCCAGGCCGACCCGCGGGCGCUCAAGUCCUUCGCGCUGGCCUCCCGCGCCUGCCACGCCGCGGAGUCCAGCCACCGCCGGACGCUCCGCCCGCUCCGCGCGGACCUCCUGCCCGCCGCGCUGGCGCGGUACCCGACCGCGACCCGCCUCGACCUCACCCUCUGCGCGCGCGUCCCCGACGCCGCCCUCGCCUCCGCCGCCGUCUCCGGGUCCUCCUCCGCCCUCCGCGCCGUCGACCUCUCCUGCUCCCGCGGGUUCAGCGCCGCGGGCGUCUCCGAGCUCGCCGUCGCCUGCCCGGGCCUCGUCGACCUCGACCUCUCCAAUGGGGUCGACCUCGGGGACGCCGCGGCGGCCGAGGUGGCGCGGGCCAGGGCGCUCCGGAGGCUCUCGCUGGCCCGCUGGAAGCCGCUCACCGACAUGGGCCUCGGAUGCGUCGCCGUCGGGUGCACGGAGCUGAGGGAGCUCUCGCUCAAGUGGUGCCUUGGGCUCACGGAUCUGGGGAUCCAGCUCCUCGCCCUCAAGUGCAGGAAGCUCACCAGCCUGGAUCUCUCCUACACCAUGAUCACAAAGGCUAGCUUGCCUCCCAUCAUGAAGCUACCCAGUCUUCAAGAGUUGACACUGGUGGGGUGUAUUGCGAUCGAUGAUGAUGCUCUUGGUAGUCUUGAGAGAGAAUGCAGUAAAUCACUACAGGUGCUUCAUAUGUCUCAGUGUCAGAAUAUCACAGGUGUGGGAGUUUCAUCCAUCCUGAAGUCGGUACCCAAUCUAUUGGAACUGGAACUUUCAUACUGCUGUCCUGUCACUCCUUCUAUGGUGAGAAGCUUCCAGAAGCUUGCUAAACUUCAGACCCUGAAGCUGGAAGGCUCCAAAUUCAUGGCCGAUGGACUAAAAGCCAUUGGAACCUCUUGUGCUUCUUUAAGGGAACUAAGUCUGAGCAAGUCAUCUGGAGUGACCGACACAGAACUCUCUUUUGCUGUGUCAAGGCUAAAGAACCUGCUGAAGCUGGACAUUACUUGUUGUCGCAAUAUCACUGAUGUUUCACUAGCGGCCAUAACUAGUUCAUGCUCUUCUCUCAUCUCUAUGAGGAUGGAGUCUUGUAGCCGUGUUUCCAGUGGAGCACUCCAACUGAUCGGGAAGCACUGUUCUCGCUUGGAAGAGUUGGACCUUACUGACAGUGAUUUGGAUGACGAAGGAUUGAAAGCUCUUGCCAGAUGCAGCGAACUUUCGAGUCUAAAAAUUGGUAUUUGCUUGAAGAUAAGUGAUGAAGGUCUUACCCACAUCGGAAGGUCUUGCCCAAAACUCCGCGAGAUUGAUUUGUACAGGUGUGGAGGCCUUAGCGAUGAUGGAAUUAUUCAAAUUGCGCAGAGUUGUCCGAUGCUAGAGUCUAUCAACCUAUCAUACUGCACAGAAAUAACAGACCGCUCACUGAUUUCACUAUCAAAAUGCUCAAAGCUGAAUACUCUGGAGAUUCGUGGCUGCCCCAGGGUUUCAUCCAUCGGGCUCUCAGAAACAGCGAUGGGGUGCAGGCUGCUUUCCAAGCUUGAUAUUAAGAAAUGCUUUGGGAUUAAUGAUGCUGGAAUGCUUUACCUUUCCCAGUUCUCUCAUAGCCUCCGUCAGAUAAACUUGUCAUACUGUUCAGUCACCGAUAUUGGGCUUCUUUCCCUUUCUUGCAUAUCCGGCCUGCAGAACAUGACGAUCGUCCAUGUAGCGGGUAUAACGCCUAAUGGCUUGGCAGCUACUCUUAUGGUUUGUGGUGGUUUGACGAAAGUGAAGCUUCAUGAAGCAUUCAGAUCCAUGAUGCUUCCUCACAUGAUAAAAAAUGUUGAGGCACGCGGCUGUGUUUUCCAAUGGAUUGAUAAACCAUUCAAGGUAUUCUACGGCUCCCCUGGUUGCCUUACACACAGCAUUAGACCCUUGUGCUCGCCAACUCGUUCUUGCCUAAUUUGCUACUCGAAAACGCUACACACUAUUUGUUUCAGAAAAGCUUGGUUCUAUUCAGCUGUGUUUUGUGCUGCCAGAUCUAAAUGCAAUGCUGUGUUCUUUUCUGUGCUUUCAGUAUAUUGUCUAUGAUUGAAACACACAACCCAUGAUUUUGCUUAUGGAUGGUGUUUUUUUCCCUUCAAAAAAAGGCUUAAAGAAGAGCAUAGCACAGUUGUCUUGAAUCUAUUGAGUGGGUUUGUUCUUACAGAGCUAUUACAAGGCUGCAAAAGUAAAACAGUGUCUGUCUAAUAACUGGUGUGGCAUUGUAGGUUGAGGUGGAACCUUGUGAUGUAUGGAAGCAACAGUCGCAAGACGUGCUUGUACGAUGAGAAUUGAGUUGACCCUCGAGCAUGUGGCUAUCGUGGAAAUCAUGGCAUGCAUCGUUAUGGAUGGAUGGGUUGUUGGCUGGCAAUGUCAUCCGCGCAAGUGAUUCCUGUGUUUGAGCAUAGGUCUUGAUGUUGUUGUAUACUGGUAUAAGCAAGUGAUUCCUGUGUCAUCCGCAAGUGUAUGUAUGUCUUGAUGUUGUUGUAUACUGGUAUAGAUGAGUAGGUCCCACAUUUAUUUGGUGAGGUGAUCAUUUGACAGGAAGUUGCUGUAUAGAAUACUACCAUGUAAAGAUGUCGAUACGGAAGGGAUGAGAAAAUGGUUUUGAAAUUUAGUACGAUAUGCCUUUUCCUA